UUGAAAAAAAAAAUAUGAUAACAGGUUUAAAUGGGUUAUGAAAUUAUAUUUUAUUUUGAUAAAAAAAGGUAUAUGACAAUUAAGAUUCAAAUAUCCAAAUUAGGUUAAUCGAAGCACUCUUCAUUAGGGAAAAACUUUUUUUGCUGAAUAUUGACACCACACUACCGCAUCAAUUCCAUACGUUUGUACGCUUCUCACGCCGCCGCACUUUCAUUGAUUUGUGUUUGUUGAUGCUUAUUUGUCCAGGUAUUUUUUAACUUAUGAAAAGAGACUAAAUUGAUUAAUGUAGGAUGAAUUUCACAUUCAAAUUGCUUAUUUGUUCAAUUGAUAAUUUAAUUUUUUAACUGAUUCGUACAAACUCGAGGUCGGGCUUAAAACUCGACGACUUAUCACCUAUUCUCGAGUUUAUUAGCUCAGUAAAAUCAAGAACUCGAGGUUUUGCUUCCAUUUCGUCGAGUAUUAAGACUUACAUCAAGUUUGUGCUUUGACAGAGAUAAAAAAGUCGAGUUAAGGAUGUAACUCGUCGAAUAUUAAGCAUGACAUCGAGUUUAACAUUGCAAACGACGUAUAAACUCGAGUUAAGUUUAAAAAUUCGUCGACUAUAUAGGCUGACCUCGAGUAUGUUUUAACAGUAACACUAACCAAAUGUUAGCCUUGUUUUAGAACUGCAGGUAGUUCAGGGAAAGAAAUUGGAUAUAUUUUUAAAAUAGCUAACGGUAUCUGAUUUGUAAUGGGGACGCCAUCAGACAAAAGUUGGAUGACGUCGUACCGAUUUAGUUCAUGUUAUAUUCAAGGGGUCAAAAAUUUUCUGAAUGUUGCAAAAGACUUUACUGAUUCAAAUGGCAGAGUUCGAUGUCCAUGCAAGAACUGCAUCAAUAUUUAUUUGAAGCCAUUGCAAGAAGUAAAAAUGGAUCUAUAUCAAUAUGGAAUUAGUGAAAACUACACAAACUGGGUGCACCAUGGUGAGACUUCUCAACCUCGUGAUAGUUUAGAUGGCUCUAUUAAUUCGGACAAUGAAUUGGAGGAUAGUGGAAAUGAUGUUUCAGAAAUGUUAGAUGAUAUGUGUAAUGCAACUUUUAUGGACACCGACAUGGAAGACAGACUUCCCAAUCAAGAUAAUAACAUGCUAGAAGGAGAAGUAGCAAAAUUUGCUAAAUUGUGGAAUGAUUCUCAUUGUGAACUAUAUCCUGGAAGUCAAAAAUAUUCAAAGCUCUCUUUUCUUCUUAAGAUGAUUAAUAUCAAAGCACUCACAAAUUCUAGUAAUAAGUCAUUUUUUUCGAAUUUGGAGUUGUUCAAGGAUGCACUCCCGAGAGGAGAAACCCUUCCAAGCUCAAGUUAUGAGGUUAAAAAAUUGAUGCGUGAUUUAGGACUCGGUUACGUAACUAUUGAUGCUUGUGUAAAUGAUUGUGUGCUAUUUUGGAAGGAAAAUGAAAAUGUUGACACGUGUCCAACUUGUAAGGCCCCUAGAUGGAAAUUAGGUUUCGGAAAACGCAAGAAGGUUGCUCAAAAAAUUCUUAGACACUUCCCUUUAGUACCUAGACUUCAGAGGUUAUUUAUGUCUAAAGAUAUUGGUGAAAAUAUGAGGUGGCAUAAGGAGAAACGUGUAGAUGAUGAUACGAUUAGACAUCCAGCUGAUGCUACGGAAUGGAAAGAUUUUGACCAGAAAUAUGCUUGGUUUGGCAAAGAUGCUCGUAACGUGCGACUUGGGCUUGCUAGUGAUGGAUUUAACCCUUUUGGAAAUAUGAGCACGAGUUAUAGCAUGUGGCCGGUGAUUGUGACGCCAUAUAACUUACCACCAUGGAAAUGCAUGAAGGAGAAUUUUUUGAUGUUAUCUUUGCUUAUUCCUGGUAAGGAAUCUCCCGGAAAUAAUAUCGAUGUAUAUUUAAGGCCAUUAAUUGAUGAGUUAAAAGAGUUAUGGGAGACCGGUGUGACAACAUAUGAUGCAUAUAGCGGUAAGAAUUUUCAAUUACAUGCUGCAUUAUUAUGGACAAUAAAUGACUUUCCAGCAUAUGGAAUGUUAUCUGGAUGGAGCACAAAAGGAAAAUUGGCAUGUCCUGUGUGUAAUAAGUGGACGUGUUCGCUAACAUUAAAAAAUGGAGUGAAGCAAUGUUACAUGGGUCAUCGGAGAUAUUUACAUGCCCAACAUUCUUGGAGAAAAAGCAGAAAAUUUAAUGGCAAACCAGAGCACGGGUCAAAGCCUGAAGAGUUGUCAGGAGAUGAAGUUCUAAGGCAAUUAGAUUUGCUUCCAAAAAGCCUUGUUUUUGGGAAGACACCUAACCAAAAAAAGCGUGCACGUGGUCCUGAAGAGCUCAAUUGGACAAAGAGAAGUAUAUUCUUUGAAUUGCCUUACUGGAAAACAUUAAAAUUACGUCAUAAUUUAGAUGUAAUGCAUAUUGAGAAGAAUAUAUGUGAAAAUAUAUUGGGUACGUUGAUGAAUAUUGAUGGAAAAUCUAAGGAUAACAUUAAGGCUCGAAUGGAUUUAGAAGCAAUGGGUAUAAGAAAAGAGUUACAUUUACAGCAAAAGGGAAAUAAAUUUUUUAUGCCACUUGCUUGUUAUACAUUACCGAAGCCUGAAAGGAGAAAGUUUUGCGAAUGGUUGCAGUCAAUCCGGUUGCCAGACGGAUAUGCUUCCAAUCUUUCUCGAUGUGUAAGUGUUCAGGACUGCAAAGUUAUGGGGAUGAAAAGCCAUGAUUAUCAUAUAUUCUUGCAACGGUUACUUCCAGCAUCAAUUUGUGGGUCUUUGCGUAGUGAGGUUUACACUGCAUUAUCAGAGUUGAGCUCUUUCUUUAAGGAGCUUUGUUCGAAGACUUUAAAAAGAUCUACAGUUAAAAAGUUGUAGAGCGAU